AUGAUAUCCAAUCAGGAGCUGCUAUCUCCAAAUGGAGCCGUGCAAGCUGCCGCGGACUCCACGGAGCGUGACGCGGAGCACGAAGACGAGGAGGACGACCACGAACUCCACGAAGAAGACGAUCACGAAAUGCACGACGACGAACUCUGCGAGACUGACGACGAGGCCGGCGAGCUGGACACGGAGGGACGGUGUCGCAAGCGCAAGCGACGCAUACUCUUCAGCAAGACGCAGACCUACGAGCUCGAGAGGAGGUUCCGACAGCAGCGCUACCUGUCAGCGCCCGAGCGGGAGCACCUGGCGUCGCUGAUUAACCUGACGCCCACGCAGGUUAAAAUUUGGUUCCAGAACCACCGCUACAAAACCAAGAAGCUGUUCCGCGAAAAAGGCUUUUCCUCAGGCCUUGACAGCCCUUACUUGAGCUCAGGUUUGGCCUUAAGGCGGUUACCCCUUGUGGUCAGGGACCGCUUGGCAUCAGGGCUCCCUCAGUGUAACCCCAACCCUACAACCCUGGGCACCAGCCUCCACCCAGACACCAACCCUCUAGGUUUACACUCAUCCUUGUCCCUACAAUCGACCCCUGUAGGGUUCCCAGGGCUACUCUCAGGGUUGUUUGGUUCCCCGGUGUUGCGUCACUGUUCCCCUUUAUCGGUUUCAGGGUUGCCUGGGGUUACGGGGCUACACCCUGCUUUAGCAGCUUCGCUUUUAUUCCCCCAUCAUCAUCUUUUACCACAUGCUACCUUGCCUCCCUCUUCCCUCUCUUCGUUAUCUUGUCCUUCCCCUUCUUCGUUAACGCAAAACCUCUUCACGCCCGUCUGCUCGAUGGCGUCGUCGUCCUCCAGACUCUUAACGUCCACGUUGCAAAGUUGCGUUUCGUUGCCGAAUUCCCUUAACAUAACCGCCCCAUCGGCUGGGGAAACGUGCAAUGAAGCACUCACUCCCAUUAAAUGUUCCUCCCCUUCUUCCCCAAGCGAUCGACCAAUUUCCCCAACCAAAUGGUGACAUCAAGAGGACGCCCUAACGCCUGAAGAUGAAAAUCCUUCUUGAAUUUCUUCACUUUUUAAGAUGCUCAUGGGAAUCAUCUCAUAAUUUGUAAAUUCUGUUGACUUUUAAAAUAAUAUUUGUGCAAAUGAAGUAGAUUUUAUAUGCACAAUAUAAUCAGUAGAUUUGUGUAAAAGAUUAUUAAAUGCCGCAGUAGAGCUCAGGAAAAAUUUUAUUGUGGAUCUUUAGCAAAUGUAAAUUUUAAUAUAGAAGUUAUGUUCAGAAAUUUCGGAAUAUUUAGGAACGUUUUGUCAGUGAAAGGAGUUUGAGCUAUUGAAAAGUAUCUGCAAAAUUGUUGUUAAAAGUCAAUGAAAAAGUAAUUUCAAUGAAAAAGUGAGCCGCCAGUUUGAAACACAUGCAUUGGAAUUGGACGCAACGGCGUACAAAAAUGAGAAAAUAAAAGCUCAUCUAUAAUCUCUCCAAAAAAUUAUAA